AACAGUAUUAUCUUUAUAUAGAUGUAAAAUAAAUCGUUUCUGCACACAAACUAAUUUGAGAGAUGAACACGUAAUGAAAUGUAAUCUAUGUUCACAAAAUGUUCAAAUACUAGAACUGACAGACAGACUUAAUAUUACCAUCUUGUUUGCUUCUGUCCUUGUUUCACGUAGAUGUAUUAUCUUGUAUAAAUUUGUACAUACACCAUCACAUCAUGUUCAGAUCCAGCGUUUCAGUGUUUCUCCACCUUUUUAAAAAAUCUAUCAUGCAAAGUAUGACUACUCACGUAACAAUGUGAUUCUUAUUCACCAGCGGACAUGCAAACAGAAAAUGUUAACAAUCAGUAGCAACGUUGCUUGACAUUCCUUCCUGGUGCUCCUAACUGACGUACCGAUGCCCCCUUGGAUACCUUUCCCACAAUUUGAGAACUCUCAGAUCAUUAAUGACGUAAAACUUUUUUUGUUUCCUAACUUAUGGAAUGAAGAGUCUGUCCCACCUGUGUAUGUAAACGACUUGAAUUUACUUUUAUCUAAAAGGCCUAGAUUUCGUUUAGGCCUGUAGAGCAUGAAGGGAAAAUGAACUAGAUCUAGAUAACUAACAAAAUGAUGCACCGAUGCCAUAGACUUUGUUUUUUGUUUGCUAACCUGUUGUUUUGUUUUUUAGUCACGUCUGUAUGUGACGUGCUCAAGUUAACUAUUCUUAGAUUCAAGGGACACAUCUUACUGACUUUGUGAAUUCUAGUCUCAAUUUGUGUUGUGUUUAUUUUUCUUGAUUGAGAAGAAAUGAGCACUAAUGUCAGCCUACAGAUAGCCGACUAUGUGGUUUCUGCAGUCAUGUUAUUUAUUCCACUGGCCAUUGGAGUUUUUUUCGCCAUUAAAGACGCAAAAAAAUCGAAUCGGGAUGAAUAUUUAUUGGGCGGGAGAAAGAUGUCAAUGCUUCCUGUGGCCUUGUCAAUCUUUGCGACAUUCGCAUCAGCCAUUUCUUUAAUGGGAGUUCUAACAGAGGUGUACUAUAAUGGAGCCAUGCACCCAACUUUUCAACUCGGAUUUGGUUUGGCGCAUGUGGUGGGCUACGUGACUAUGAUUCCUCUCAUCUACCCACUGCAAAUGACCAGUAUCUAUGAAUAUUUACACCUGAGAUUUCAAUCAGAGCUCGUACGUAACUCUGUGCUAAGUAUUGCGAUGAUACAAACAUUUUUCUACAUGGCUAUUGCAUUACUUACACCUGCCCUUGGCUUACAAGCUGCUGCUGGGAUACCUCUGUAUGUGUCUGUGUUAAUAGUCGGCUCUAUUGGCACAAUUUACACGGCAAUAGGCGGCAUCAAGAGUGUUGUGUGGACGGACGCCUUCCAGUGUUGUAUUAUGUUCACUGGACUCUUGGUCAUGAUUGGAAAAGGAGUUUUACUUGUGGGUGGAGUGGAUAAAGUCUGGUCUAUAGCAGAAGCAGGAGGCAGAACCAACUUCAAUCAGUUCAGUCCUGACCCCAGGUCUCGUACUACUUGGUGGGGUACACUCAUAGGCGGCUGUUUCAUGUGGCUGGCCAAUAUCUUCAACCAGUCCUCCACACAAAGAAUCUGUUCAAUGAGGACGAUGAGAGAAGCCAAAAUGACUUACAUCAUUAACAUCGGUAUUUUCCUGUGUUACGGAAGUUUAUUAUUUUCUGUCGGCAUUGUUAUCUAUGCGUAUUUUGAGCACAUCCAGUGUGACCCUUACAAGGCUGGAUUUAUCACAAAUAAAAAUCAGCUUUCAACAUAUUUCGUUCUGCAUGUUUUACAAGACCUACCUGGCAUGUCUGGACUUUACAUGUCUUCCAUCUUUAGCGGUGGAUUGAGUACACUGUCUUCUGGAAUGAACGCACUGGCUGCAAAUACAGUUGAAGACAUACUUCAGCGACCACUGAGAAACUUCACAGAGCAAAGGACAACGCUAAUAACUAAACUCAUUGUCCUGAUCUAUGGCGUCCUCAUCAUCGUUGUGGCAUACCUGGCCAAAGAUCUGACAGGAAGCGUAUCACAGAUAAGUCUGUCCGUGUUUGGAGCUUGUGGGGGUCCUAUACUUGGUGUCUUUUUGCUGGGCGCCUGUGUUCCUCGGGGGAACAAAUAUGGCGCACUGGUAGGUGGCGCCUUGGCUUUGGCAUUAACCAUGUGGAUGUCAGUCGGUAAUCAGCUGUACGGCAAUCCACCUCCACCAUUACCGUCCCCGUCAACUGACAUGUGUUUCAGCAAUACAUCUGACCAUUUCCUCUCUUCGUCUGAUUGGACAAACAGAUCUGACCAUUUCCUCUCUUCGUCUGAUUGGACAAACAGAUCUGACCAUUUCCUCUAUUCAUCUGAUUGGACAACUUACAAUUCUACCUGGCAAACGAACAACUUGUCUAUUUACACAAAACUUGUUUCAUCAGAUCAGAUGGACGCCGCUCGCCCUUUAUUCUUGUACCAAAUUUCUUACGAGUGGUACGGCUUUAUCGGUACCAUUAUCAGUUUUGUCGUCGGUCUCCUGGUCAGUCUCUGUACUUACAAAUGUCCACAGCAAUCGCCAAAUGUGAGACUUAUAUUUCCGAUCCUGGCAAAAGUAUGGUCUCUUGAUAAUGUAAACAAUUUGAGCAAUACUAUACCACACGACAAAAGACUGGAUUACGAAUUGCAAGUACAGGCUCAGAUAUGAUUUUUAAAAUAUAUAAAUGUAAAGUUAUAAGGAUUAAAUAUAUUUUUUAUGCAUAGAAAUCGUUAGAUUUUUUUUCAACGUCUUGUUUUAUUUUCAAAGCAAUAUAUGCUGUAAGACUCUCACUAUCUAGGCUCUCUGUUACAUUGCACCACACGACACUGUCAAUUCAAAGAAAUUGACAGCUCGGGGCUCCAAAGUAAGGUAAUACUUUAAUGUCCAAUAAAUCAAAUAAUCAAAUGCUUCACAUUUGAGAAGGGUAUCAACUAUGUAACUGUAAUGAAACAACAAAUACUAGUAUACCAAUAACAUGGCUUUAUUCGACACAAUUAGACUACAGUAAACAGUGAAUGAAACCAGCACGUUUCGCAUAACACUGAUGCAGUACUAAACACACACAAACUGGAGAUGAAACACAAACACACUGGACAUGACCUUCCGACACGCUGGACGCACGCAGAAAAUCAACUCAGUUACACUACAAUCACCCCGCCUAAAAGUUAUAGGAACAUAAACAUGUAAAUAAUAGUGAAGGACAACGAUUUAGGAGGCCUAAGUAUCCCUACAGAAUAUUUACAGAGUAACUCUAUUGAAAAGCAUUGUAUAACUAUAAAUAAACACGUUAUACACUAUAAAAUUAUCAGUGCCUAAGUGUAACAUUAGGUUAGACCAGUAGAGAAAGUAGUCUUGAAUAAUAAUGUAAUAAGUAAUACAAUACAAAAAGUCCGACUACAAAAGCUAUACACUAUGAAAUGAUCAGUUCUAAGUGUGUCAUAUUAAGCCUACAGACACUGGGUUAGAACUUUUGAUAUGGAAAAAUAAGUAAAUAAAUGUUAGACCUUAUAAUUAGGUCUGCUUGUUCUUGGUCUUAGGUUAUAAUUACCAGGACCAAUACUGCCGUCGUUUUGAAUUGGUGACAUCGGCGGCUCUCCAACUGUGUGAUAGAGCUUGUCUUAGGCUCAAUGUCUUCAUGUUCCAUAUGUUGAUACACCUCUGAUUCUCCCUCUCUUGGAGCGGGGUCCAAAUGUCGCAGUGACACUGUUUCUUCUCUUCCACCAGGAAGUCUGACAAUGGCAUACUGUGGGUUGCAUGUGAUUAAGUCCACAGCUAUUGUACCAUAGUCAUAUUUUGGAUGCACGGACUCCCUUUUUUAACAACACUUUUCCUGGCUGAGUUAACCAUGUCGGGAGUGAUUUGCCAAAGGUGGACCUGCGAUAAAACUUGAUUAUUGACGAUUCGUUUUUGUGAGCGCAUAUCAUGAGGAGGAGGAAGGUUCCUUAAAGCCUGGAAUAUUUCAGGGUCUGGUUUGAGUAGGCCUUUUGAAAUUUCGUAUUCCAAUAGGCAAACUUUGUCAGUGGCUAUCGUACUUUUGUCUUCAUUAAAUGUGAUCCCAUACUUUCUAGAACCAUCUAGAAAUCUUUGCAGAUUGUUUGACUGCAAUCAAUGACCAUCCUUCUUUUAUGUCUCUCGUUUGCUGUCACAAGCACCUGUGCUCUCCACUCUCCAGGUAGACCUUGAGGGUUCAAUGAUUUUGUCCGAGAGGAGUUUUUUUUUUACUUCAGACUCAAUAAAUUUGUUAUCACCUAUUCCACCUAGCCACCGGUCUACAGUCAGAAGUUAGAUAACUGAAUAGGCUCGGUGUUUCGACUCGUGCUGCUUUAAGACCACAGAUGUCUAAGGGAUUGCGUUUUCCCCCGUACGGUAUGGUCAAAUCUUUAUGAAGACUUAUAAAUUCUACACCAAGGAUUACAUCCGAGCACAAUCCAGCAAGUAUAGAGAGUUUGACCUUUUUGUAGUGUUCUCCCUUGCAUUGGACAUCGGCAAAUGUAUGUCCUAAUGUCUUUUCAGAAAGAUGUGUAGUGGCCAUGAAUAUUCUGUUUGUAGAAGGGCGUACUGGCCAUUUAUUUCUCUUGACGAUGGCUUCUGAUAUGUAGCUUUCACAGCUGCCAGUGUCUAUGCAACAACAACCCGUUGACGUUCACUUGGGCCGUAGACUGUGUAAGCCCAGAGAAAUGCGUUGAUGAAAAGGUACAUGGAGUUAUCACACUGGUCAGUGAAAUUUUGCUGGCAGCUAUGGUGGCUGUUGUUUUACUUGAGUUACAAACAGUUUGAAGUGUCCCUUUUUACCGCACUGAUGACAUAAUGCAUUUCGAGCAUGGCAUUCAGUCCUAGAGUGUCUCCUCCUACCACAGACGUAGCAUAGCGACUUAAUGGCAUUCAAGUUUUUCAUUUAUUAUAACACCUAAGUAGUUUGCAUUUUUAGUGGUAUACCAUGAAUAAGAUAGGGGAAAUUAAUGUUUUAGUUUUUUAUGUUACUGACAUUUUUCUGGUUAGAUUACUUGUCUGAAACUUUCAAAAAAUGAGAACGAAGAAGAUUUUUAGCGGCUCCCGAAAGGGGAAAAGACGCUAUUAGUUUUGUGUGGCCUGUCUGUCCGUCUGUCUGUCCCGUUGAGAUCUCAGAAACUAGAAGAGAAAAUGAAAAUCGGACAUCAUGAUUUUUAAAUCAUUCAAAGUUCUAAUGCAACGGCUACUUUUUUCUUUUCCUAAAGUGAACCAUCUAAUUUUUAAAACUAUCUAUGCAAGCAGAUUUUUCAAAAAUUAAACCACUUUUAAAUGAAAAAUUUAGGGGAGGUAAGCCUUUUAAAAGCUUCACAUGCUUCUUCAUUAAUAAAUCAAGCUUCAUUCAUAGAUUCGCGCAUUGGUACAAAAAAUUUGCAUCUAAGGUCACAAUGGAAAAAGUAUCAAUGGAUCAUUAUAAAAUAGAUUUUCCAUUUAUUAACGAACUCAUGGAAUAGAAUACCGAUUCAAAUGUUGUUUUAAAAAAUAAUUUUAAUACGAACUUGGUUUUAGUUAAAAGUAAAAAAAAAAAAAAAAACUACUUUUAUAGCGCGUAUUUUUGACAUAUCUUCAUGAUACAUUUGACAUCAGUCUAAAUUAGACUCAAUAGAGACCAGAUGUAGAUCUAGAUUUUGAUUUAAAAGUAGGCCUAUUAAAUAAUUUGAACAAAAUUUACAUCUAUAAAUUAUUAAGGAAAUAGUUUAUCAUCUUACAGUUUAAGGGUGCAUAUUUAUUUAUUAUGUAAGCAGUAUUCAUUGGCCUCCUUCAGUCGUAGAACGACUAUGGUUCAUCUCAGAGCACACUUCCUCAUGUGGCUGUGGAGCCCUAUUUUGGAGAGACACUACCGUCCACAGAUAGCACAGGUUAAGUUGGCUUUUGCUUCGGUGGUAGAGGAGCUGGCCGUUUUUCGGAUUGUGCGUUUUUCUUCCUGGGCUGAGACCCAUGUACUUUCACUGUCCAUAGCUUUCUUGGUCACUGUAUCUCUCCACCUGUUGCGGUCUAGAGCUAUGUCUUCCCAAUGGUCAGUAUUGAUGUUCACUGAUUUGAGGUCACGUUUUAUUACAUUUAUGUAACGGAGGUGGGGGCGACCAGUUUUUCUUGUGCCAGUCGCGAGUUGACCAUAGAGGAUGACUUUCGGGAUGCGCUUGUCCUCCAUCCGGCGAACAUGUCCAAGCCAGCGCAAACGCUGUUGUCUGAGGGCUGUAAAGAUUCUGGGAAUACCUGAUCGCGCAAGGAUCUCGGUAUUGCACACUUUUUCUUUCCAUAUGACAUUCAAGAUCCUACGGAGACAUCUCAAAUGGAACGAGUUCAGUUUUCUCUCUUGCUUUGCGUAGGUGGUCCAUGAUUCACUGCCAUACAGUAGUGUACUCAUAACGCAUGCCUUGCAGACUUCUAUUUUGGUCACCGUAGUUAGCUUAUGGUUUUCCCAAACUCUUGGUCUGAGUCUAGCAAAUGUCGAGGCAGCCUUCCCUGUGCGUUUUUUCAUUUCCUCUUCUAGAGACAGGUCAUCUGUAAUUGUGGAUCCCAGAUAGCAGAAUUCGUUUACGGCGUCCAGCUUGUUAUCGUCUAUGAGGAUGGAGGGUGGUGCUAUAGCAGGUGGUCCCAAAACAUUUGUUUUCUUCGUGCUAAUAGUCAAGCCAUAUUCUUUACAGGCCAGAGAGAAGCGAGACAUUAGUGACUGAAGUUCCUCUCACGUGUGUGCCACUACCGCUGCGUCAUCCGCGAAUAGCAUAUCUCUUACGAGGGUGGCUCUGAUUUUAGUUUUGGCCCUCAGUCUGGCAAUAUUUAGGAGUUUGCCAUCAAAUCUGGAAUGGAGAUAGAUGCCUUCAGUGGAUUUGUCAAACGCGUUGUGGAUUAGCAGUGAAAAUAGUAUUCCAAAGAGGGUUGGGGCUAGGACACAUCCUUGUUUAACUCAAUUUAUCGUCACAGAUCACUUUGAAUUUUUCUACCUAUCUCACUAUAAGAUGUUCCUUCAGAGUUGAAGACCAAACCUCCCGCAGGACGACAGGGGAUGGGAGCGGGCAGGGUUUGAACCCUGGACCACCGACAAAUCUGAACGACAGUCCAGCGCGCAAACCGCACGACCAAGCAGCCAUCCAUUUUCUAGAUCGUUAUUAUUUAUUCUACUUUUGCCUGCUAUGUUUGGAACAUAUAUCUUUUGAGAUCCAUAAGCUUUUAAAGUUUAAAAUGUUCGCAAUUUAAUUUUUUUUAAUGGACCUCAUUCACCAAUCGUAAACAAACAACAUUUAGCCACGUGGCGCUCUAUCUCUUCUACAUAAUUUAAGAUCUCAUGUUUAAUUCAUGAUGGUUGUCACGUGACAGUUUUUCCUAUUGCUUUAUCGAUAAGAUCACAUGACUAAAUGUUGUUCGUUUACGAUUGGUGAAUGAGGUCCAUUUUUAAUUUUAUUUUUUUCAUUUCAGAAAAUGGUAAGAAAUUACCAGAGAAAAACACAAGGCUCGUAUGGACAACAAAACUUGACAGAAGCUUUAAAAGCUAUCGCUGAUGGGAUGCCACUUAACAAUGUCUCCGAAAAAAUAACAUUUAUAAUUAUUAAAUAUUUCACUGAUA